CCCAGCGCUCCAUGCCCGGAACGUUUGUGAGACGGAACCGGGGCCGCGGCAGUCGGAGCGCGGCCGGUGGGGUUAUGCGGGCGCACCGCCGGUCACUGCGCUGGAGCCAUGUUGGCGGCGGCAGCCCGCGGGCUCUGCGGGGCUCGCCUCAGUUCCUGGCUGCCCCAGGCUGUUCCGUCCCGAAGGAGUCACUGGCAGAGUUCCAUGCUGGCAUUCAGGGCGUCUCUCCCCAUGAGAGCACAACCAAAGAAGAAGAAGAAGGUGGAUGUGAAGAGAGAGCAAGCACAGAAGGAUCGUAUGAAAAAGAAGAUUAAAAAGUUGGAAAAAGCUGCCCCAGAAUUUAUUCCAAUUGAGGAUUUUGUAACAGCAGUGAAGUACUCAGAUAGCAACAGGGUGCGAAGUCUUCCUGAUCUGUCACCUGAAGAGACUGAAAGAAGAGUCCUACUUCUGAAAAAGUGGUGUUUGUUUAAGCAGAAACAAGAUAUUGCAGAAAAGAAGGCAAUUCAGAGCAUGGUAGAUGCUCAGCAAGAGGCACUAAAGGAACUGCGCCUUGAGUCAGAGGAGUUGUAUCAAGCAGCAAUCAGGCGAGAUGAGGGGCUUUUCCCUUUUGAGAGAGAUGGACCCUGUUACACCCCACCCCUCCCUGGCUACGAUCCUCCUGAAGGAAAAUGCGUCGAUAUCACCAAAGUGUAUACGCAGUGAUGGAGGAGUCUGUAGCUCAUCUGGCAUGAACUACUUGGCUGAUGAAGGAGGAAAGAAUGGAGUAAGGAUGAACUACUCCUGUGGGUUAAAAUACUGUAGGUGUGAGACUGCAAAAAAUACGUAUUAAUGAAGUAUC